AUGCAGCAUACUUUUGUCAAUGGGGAGAUGGCCAGAAAUACAUGGAAGUUCUUUGGGGCACCAUUGGGGAUCAGAUGGGAUGACAGUCCUAUACUCAAUAUAAUCAGCAGGUGGUGGAGCUCCAAAGCAAAAAACAAGGUGGUCCAGGUUCUUUCUCACCUCAAGUGGGUAAUCUCUAAACAUAACAGACCAAUAGUUGAUUCUAUUUCUUGGUCUGGGUUAUGUGAAACUCUUUUGAAUCUGUCUCCUAAAUUUCAUUGUUUCCCUGUUAUAUGGGAGAGACCUAACUUUGGGUGGAUAAAACUCAAUACUGAUGGUAGUAAGCUGAGGGAUGGUUUAAUUGGUGCUGGUGGGGUUGUGAGAAAUCAUAGAGGGGAAAUGCUUAUGGCCUUUGCACAGGCAUUGGGCAAUGACACUAGCAACAAGGCAGAAGCAAGAGCAGCCUUGAUUGGACUUUUAUGGUGUCAGUCCAAUGGGUAUGACAAAAUAAUACCGAAAUGUGAUUCUAAACUGGUUGUUGAUAUGUUAGACAACAAGUUCAAUCCUCCUUGGCAGAUCGAGAACACAAUUAGGGAAGCUCAAAGUAUUAUUUUUCAGCAUAAUGUUGUCAGUUUUAGAAAGGCAAAUUAUGUGGCAGAUGUACCGUCUAAAUGGAGCCAUGAGUUACAAGAGAAGAUGGUCUUCCAGUCUAUGAAUUUGCCCAGAAAUACUAUUGGCUACUAUAGACUUGAUAAGAUCCAACUACCUAAUCUGAGACAUAAAAUUAUCAAGAACCAGUAUGUGCGAACAAGAAUGCUCUUAAGUUUUGGUAAUUGAUCAUGCUCUCUGUUACAAGAUAUAGUAUAAAGGGCAUGACUAUUGUAUUUGUUAGAAGCUUGAUCCUCUGAGGUAUGUGGCUACAGAUAAUGAUUGGUGAAGAGCAUUAUAGUUUCAGGUGCUUAGUACAUAAGGCAGAUUCAUGGUCAUAUCUUG